CCGGCCCCUCAGCCCCGAGCGCAGGCCCCGCGGCCCGGCCCCGCCGCCGCCGCCGCCAUGGCGCUGAAGAUGGUGAAGGGCAGCAUCGACCGCAUGUUUGAUAAAAACCUGCAGGAUCUGGUGCGCGGAAUCCGCAACCACAAGGAGGAUGAGGCGAAAUACAUCUCCCAGUGCAUCGAUGAGAUCAAGCAGGAGCUGAAGCAGGACAACAUUGCCGUGAAAGCAAACGCAGUCUGCAAACUUACAUAUUUACAGAUGCUGGGCUACGACAUCAGCUGGGCUGCUUUCAACAUUAUUGAAGUCAUGAGUGCGUCCAAGUUUACAUUCAAACGCAUCGGUUACCUAGCUGCCUCUCAGUGCUUUCACGAAGGGACUGAUGUAAUUAUGUUGACUACUAAUCAGAUCCGAAAGGACCUGAGUAGCCCUAACCAGUAUGAUACUGGAGUUGCACUGACUGGCUUGUCCUGUUUUGUUACUCCAGAUCUUGCCAGGGACUUGGCAAAUGACAUCAUGACACUGAUGUCUCACACAAAGCCUUACAUCAGGAAGAAGGCAGUGUUAAUCAUGUACAAAGUUUUUUUGAAAUACCCAGAGUCCCUCCGUCCUGCAUUUCCUCGCCUUAAAGAGAAACUUGAAGAUCCAGAUCCUGGUGUGCAGUCUGCUGCAGUAAAUGUCAUUUGUGAGCUGGCUCGACGCAAUCCCAAAAACUACCUUUCCCUUGCUCCACUCUUUUUCAAGUUGAUGACGUCGUCAACCAAUAAUUGGGUUCUUAUUAAAAUUAUAAAACUGUUUGGUGCUCUUACUCCAUUAGAACCAAGGCUGGGAAAGAAACUGAUUGAGCCUCUGACCAACCUCAUCCAUAGCACCUCAGCCAUGUCCCUCUUAUAUGAAUGUGUGAACACAGUAAUAGCAGUUCUGAUCUCUCUGUCCUCGGGGAUGCCCAAUCACAGCGCCAGCAUCCAGCUUUGUGUUCAGAAGUUAAGGAUAUUGAUAGAAGAUUCGGACCAGAACUUGAAAUACCUGGGACUGUUAGCGAUGUCCAAAAUCCUGAAAACGCAUCCUAAAUCAGUUCAAUCUCACAAGGAUCUCAUUCUCCAGUGUCUGGAUGACAAAGAUGAGUCCAUCCGACUCAGAGCUUUAGAUCUCCUCUAUGGCAUGGUAUCGAAGAAGAACUUGAUGGAGAUAGUGAAGAAACUGAUGAUUCACGUGGAUAAAGCAGAAGGGACGACGUACCGGGAUGAGCUGCUGACUAAAAUCAUAGAUAUUUGUAGUCAGUCCAAUUAUCAAUAUAUCACAAACUUCGAAUGGUACAUAAGCAUCUUGGUGGAGCUGACCCGCUUGGAAGGGACACGGCACGGGCAUCUCAUAGCAGCCCAGAUGCUGGAUGUAGCCAUCAGAGUGAAAGCUAUCCGUAAGUUUGCGGUCUCUCAGAUGGCCAUGCUCCUGGACAACGCCCACCUCAUCGCCAGCAACACCCAGAGGAACGGGAUCUGCGAGGUGCUCUACGCCGCCGCUUGGAUCUGCGGGGAGUUCUCCGAACACCUGGAGGAAGCAAACCAAACUUUAGAAGCAAUGUUGAGGCCUAAAGUUACGACUCUGCCAGGCCACAUCCAGGCAGUGUAUGUGCAGAACAUGGUGAAGCUCUACGCGUCCAUCCUGCAGCAGAAGGAGCAGGCUGGGGAAAAGGAAGGGGCUCAGGAAAUCACACAGCUCAUGAUCGACCGCCUGCCACAGUUUGUCCAGAGUGCAGACCUGGAAGUUCAGGAGAGGGCUUCUUGCAUCUUGCAACUAAUAAAAUAUAUUCAGAAGCUACAAAUAAAAGAAGUCCCUGUAGCUGAGGAAGUAAUAGCCCUGUUUGCUGGUGAGCUGAACCCUGUGGCUCCUAAAGCUCAGAAGAAAGUACCAGUUCCAGAGGGCUUGGACCUUGAUGCCUGGAUCAAUGAACCUCCAUCAGACAGUGAGUCUGAAGAUGAAAAGCCCAAAACAAUUUUCCACGAUGAGGAACAAAGGCAUUCCAGACACAGGCAGCCAGAAAUAGAUGAAGAGGAACUGGCCAGACGUCGAGAAGCCCGGAAACAAGAACAGGCAAACAACCCAUUUUAUAUAAAAAGCUCUCCUUCCCCACAGAAGCGAUACCAAGACACUCCAGGUGUGGAACACAUCCCUGUGGUCCAGAUCGACCUUUCUGUCCCCUUAAAAGUUCCGGGAAUGCCUAUGUCUGACCAGUAUGUGAAACUGGAAGAAGAGCGAAGACACAAACAGAAACUGGAGAAAGACAAGAAAAAGAAAAAACAGAAAAAGGAGAAGAGAGGUAAACACCAUCGUCAUAACUCUCUGCACACGGAGAGCGAGGAGGACAUCGCUCCAGCUCACCACGUCGACAUCAUAACAGAAGAGAUGCCAGAGAACGCUUUGCCCAGUGAUGAAGAUGACAAAGAUCCCAAUGACCCGUACAAGGCGCUGGACAUAGAUCUGGAUAAUCUGGUUUCAGGGAAGCCUUCCAGACCCUUAGCAGACAGUGAGAAGCUGCCAGUGCAGAGGCACAGAAAUGUUGAGACCCUGAAGUCACCAGAUUCUGAAGCUCCCCUAGUAGAGAAGAAGAGCAAGAAACCCAAAAAGAAGGAAAAGAAACACAAAGAAAAAGAGAGAGACAAAGGCAAGAAGAAAGAGAAAGAGAAGAAGGUAGUGGAGGAGGAAGAAGCGAAGAAGGGGGAAGACUUGGAUUUCUGGCUCUCCACGGCUCCACCGGCUGCUUCCACGACCCAGGCACAGAGCGAGCCUGAAGCGAGUGCUGCUGUUGUGGCUGAAACUCAAGAGGUGAAAAAGGAAGAAAGGGAAGAGCGAGAUGAUGAUGAGGAGGAUGAUGAAGGAAAGAAGUCCUCCAAGCAUAAGAAGAAAAAGCACAAGAAGGAGAAAGAAGAGAAAUCAAAGGAUAAAAAGAAAUCCAAGAAGAAGAGUCAUCACAGUGAGGAGGAGCCGACGGAGUCGGUGCAGAACGGAACACUAGACGAUGAACCACUACCACCCAUGUCCAGUUACCGCCUUCUUGCUGAAAAUUCAUACAUUAAAACGACCUACGAUAUUCAAGGAAACCUCCAGAAUGAUAGUCAAGUUACUGUCUCUGUUAUCUUUGAAAACAAAAGCACUAGCUUCCUUAAGAGCAUGGAAUUAAAUGUCCUGGACUCUCUCAACACUAAAAUGCUCCGACCGGAAGGAUCAUCAGUCCACGACGGGAUCCCUGUGCCCUUCCAGCUCCCCCCUGGAAUCUCUAAUGAAGCCCAGUUUGUGUUUACACUUCAGAGUAUUGUUAUGGCUCAGAAGUUAAAAGGAACACUGUCCUUUAUAGUCAAAAAUGAUGAAGGUUCAACCCAUGAAAAACUAGAUUUCAAAUUGCACUUCAGUUGCGCUUCAUACUUGAUCACGACGCCUUGCUAUAGUGAUGCUUUUGCCAAGCUCUUAGAGUCUGGAGAUCUGCACAUGAGUUCUAUUAAAGUAGAUGGAAUUAGCAUUUCUUUCCAACAUCUACUGGCAAAGAUCUGUUUUCAUCAUCAUUUUUCAGUUGUGGAACGUGUUGAUUCGUGUGCAUCCAUGUACAGCCGUUCUAUCCAAGGCCAUCACGUCUGCCUACUGGUAAAAAAGGGAGAGAACUCUGUAUCCGUAGAUGGGAAAUGCAAUGAUUCCACCCUGCUUAGCAACUUGUUGGAUGAGAUGAAAGAGACAUUGUCCAAGUGCUGAAUACUCCGUAUAAAAUAUUCCAACUCCCAGAAACACACCUAACGUGUAAAGACGAGCAGACCCAAGUGUUAAGUUUCUCCCUCGUACGCAUGUACUAUCCUGGGGCACGUGCUUUUUCAGUUAACUCCACCAUUGUUUGCAGUUUAGACAUUUUAAGGCUGUAUGUUACCUUUUUAUUUCCCAACUUUUUACAAACUGUGGUGUUAACCCUUUCUAGCCCAAAGAGAUCCUGGUGACGUGACUGGAGGAGGGAGGAAGGGAGAGAGGGACACUUUAUUCAGCAGCUCACGGUGAUCCCUUGCCAUCUGCGGGGGACGGUGGACGAAGCAGAAGUUUUAUCAACAGUAGCACAGAGUCUGUUGCUUGUGCUUUUUGCCAGGGAAGGUUGACUUGAUCCUUAGCCAUGGAAUAAAUCUUCAGGGCUGCUGUAGUUGUAUAUUUCUAGCAGAGGCUGGUGCUGGACCUGAAGGCCUCUUUUUUUUUUUUUUUUUUGGUUGUUAUUUUGGUUUUUUUUUUAAAUAUGAUUUAUUAUUAUUAUUAUUAUCUCAAGAUCUAUUGUGAUCAGCGUAUAAGCAUCCUCCAUCUCCUUGAGCUAAUCCAAACGAGCCCUGAGAGAGCUGGGAUGUUUUGAGUUUCUGUUGAUAGUAGUUGCCUUGAGCCUUAACCUCCUGUUUGGUGUGGGCUGGAAGAGCGAGUGCCUGGAGGUGUUCCUGCUUGGUUCUCUGCUCCCCUUGACCGCCCCCGCCAGCGGGGCCUCUCCUGCCUCUCCCCCUCGAGCACUCUCUGCCCGUGUCUUUUACGAGUCCACUUUGAUUUCACAUUCCCAACGAGCUGGGGUGUAGCACGAAAACUGGAAAUCCAAAGGGGUCUGUUCCUGCUUUGUCUGUUAAUCAUUUUCCUCACCGGCUGAGGUUGACCGCGACCAGGUUAGAGAUGCCCACGCUGUACCCUCUUGGACUGGGAACAGUUUGGGUGCAGCCCCGUCCCCUCCCUCUGUGCUGGUUGUCCCCGUGAUGUCCCCCGGCAGCAGAACCGUCCCUGGGGGCAGGAGGGAGGGUGGGGGGAGGCUGCAGCCCCUGGAGGGGGUGACCUUAGAGGGGAGAAGGGGAGGGUUUACAAAGUGAAGCCCUUCCUGCGCUAUUGAAACCUUUUGGAAUCACUGACUGGAAAAGGGGAUGUCGCUGGGUCCUUUGGAGAUGCUUCGUUGAUGCCCUUCUUCAAAAUAUCUUGCUUUUGAUUUUUUUUUUUUCUUUAAUUUCUUUUCCCCACGUCUCUUACUUGCUGUUCCAUACCCAGCAAUCUGAGCACAUGCUUAAACGGUUUUGCUGUGGGGCUCAGGGCAGGAGCUGUCAGUGGCUCUUCCCAAAAGUGUCCCCGGGGAGGGGUCGGGUGGUUGUACACAUCUCCAGCACCACCACCACCCCGAGCGUCACCGGCGCCCGGCGGAGCUGAACUGAAACCCUCUGCAGGGAAGGGGAUAAAACGUUGGUUGGUCUUUUGGGUGAAUGUCCUGUGCUCUCAGCGUGUCUCGUGCCCUUCACACCCUUCCCAAAGUGGGGGAUUUUCCCCAGGGCUCUCCCGUGGGUCCUUGGCCAGGACCAGCUUUGUCUCCUGAUGGUGUCCUGCAGCAGGUCUCGCUGCCGGGGAAGCGGUGGGGUCUGGUACCGGUCAACCUCCCCUGGUCAGGCAGUUUGUGUAUUAGAAACUGAACAUAUUACAAUUGUCUUAAAAGGAUAACGUUCCUCAAUUAGUGGUUUGUUUUGUUGUUUUGUUUUUGUUUUUUUUUUUUUUAAAUUCAUGGAUGAAAACUGUCACUUUAGCAUGUAGAGUCUUCUCUUACGGAAUCCUGUGCAGUGAUUCUAGAAUUUUGAACCUGUAUGAUGUGUUACAUUCACAAAUUUAUUUGCUAUCAACAUUCCCUUGGAGAAAAAAGAAAAAAAAAAAAAAAAAGAAAAAGAAAACAACAUACCACAAGCUGCUGUAAUGAUUUUGUGUCAAGAUGAUCCAAUAAACUUUCAAAACAAA